CAAACUGAAAAAAAUUCUAGGACAUGACUAAUUUUUCCGGAAAAUAAUUAAAAAUACUUCUAAUAGAGUUUGAACUGUGACCAAUUAGAACAAAUUUAGAACUCAAUUAAGAUUCAACAUUAUUUUUGGAAACCUUUCUAAAAAUGAAACAAUCUCAUACCAAAUUUGACCACAAAAAACCAUGGCUGCUUCUCCCAAACCUCCUUCCACUAAACGCCGCACCACCAAACGCAAAACUCCAACCACCACCACCAUCACCACCCUUUCUCCUCUAAUCUCCGCCAUUACAACCGCUCUUUCUUCCUCUCACUCUUUCCUCCAUGACAACGAUCUUCAUCUUCUUCCUUCUCAAUCUCUCUCUCUUCAAUCUUCUCUCUCUUCUGCCUUCCUUUCUCUCUCUAAACUCCAACCCCAUUUACAGCUCCCUCUUUCUCUCUCUUCCUGCUGUUGGUUUCAGCGUUUACUCCUUUCUUCCACCUGUGAUGACGAUCCAAGGUGGGUUGAUUUCUUCCGUAUGUCAAAACCCACUUUUUAUCGCCUCAAUUCCAUGCUUUCUGACUCGAUUUCAUCUGUUCUUACUUUGUCAAUUUCUUCUGAUUUUGCACUUGGGGCUGCUAUUUAUAGGCUCGCGCAUAAUGGGUCAUUUUCGAUUGUGGGUAAACGAUUCGGGUUAAGCUCGAAUGAUGCUUGUAGGGUUUUUUAUGCUGUUUGUAAGGUGAUUUGUGAUCAAUUGGGGGGUUAUUUGGGUGGAUUUAGGUCGGAAUUAGGGAGAAUUUUGGUGGGUUUUGAGCGGAUUUCGUUGAUUAAUUGUUGUGGGGUUUUAGGGGUUGAGAAAUUCCCAAUAGAAGGUGAUAUUUUGGGGAAAGAUGGGUUUUUGAUGGUUCAAGCUUUGGUUGAUUGUGAUGGCAGAUUCUUGGAUGUUUCUGCUGGUUGGCCUAGUACAUUCGAUCCCGAUUCGAUUUUACGACAAACAAGAUUGUUUUUGAGUGUGGAGGAAUCUAAAGAGCUAUUGAAUGGUCCUGAAGUUGAGCUAAUUGAUGGGAAUUUGAUGCCUCAGUAUAUAUUGGGCGAUUCUUGUUAUACUUGUUUGCCAUGGCUUUUGACUCCUUUUGUACAGAAGGGUGAGGCAGAGGAUUCGAGCUCGAGCGAAAAAGAGUUCAAUGAGGUGCAUAAGAGAGCAAUUGAGUUAGUAAGGAUGGCAUUUGGGAGGGUUAGAGCUAAUUGGAAAUUGCUAAAUAGGAGGUGGAAGGAGGAGUUUGUUGAAUUCUUGCCUUUUAUUGUCAUCACUGCCUGUGUGCUGAAUAAUUUUUUGAUGAAGCAUGGAGAACUAUCAAGUGAUGAUGAUUCGGGUUGUGUUCGAGAGCAGGAUAUGCCGGUUUAUGAUAGGGAGGUCGAUGAAGGUGCUGCGAGGAUUAGGGAUUUGCUGGCAUUGCAUCUUAGCCUGGUAAAAUUUGGUAUGCCACAAAGUAAUACUGACCCUCAAAAUGCAAGGGACUAAGAUAAAUUAGGCCCCUUAGCCAUCUCAUGUAUGUGGAGGAUUGAGCUUGAACCUAGAGGAAGCCAAGGGAGUAGCAGGUGGUUAGAAUCAUUAAAUCCUCUAUGAAUACUCGCCUAAAUAAGACUUGAUGAAACUAAAACCCAAACUUGUGGUAUAGUUUGUGAAACUAUCACUUGAGGACCCAUUUUCUUGCCCCUUUUAGGUAUAUAUUAUCACAGUAUUAUUUAUUGAGGUGAUUACUUACCUGGUGUUUAGAAUGUAAAUGGUGAUUAAUCUGAUUAUAUUGUGACUCUGCUUGAAUUUUUGUAUGGGAAGGGUAAAAUCAUGCUAUCAUGUGAAAGUUCACGAGUCUGAAUAAUCAUUUCCUGUCACAUAGCUGAAAGUUUCUGACUUAGAGGCGAGAGAAAUUGGGGACUAAGAUUGUUACUCUGUCUCUUCUAAGUAUCUAUUAGGUGGUGGUGAGGUUAACCCUGCCAACAGCUAACUGUUUUGUUGCCAUGUGAAGUCUAAUUUCAGUUAAGGGAUUUUGAAUAGAGUUUACUUAAUUUGUCUUCAUCUAUUUAAUAGAAAAGGAUGUGUAUUCAAGCACCAAUGGCAAGCAGUGUUACACAUUGCAGCCAGGCAACUAAAAGUUAUGAUA